AUGGCCUCCAUCGAACAGGCCGUAGCCGCGCUGAACGCGGCGGCAGCCGGCGUCCUCGGCUUCGAGCCCGCUCUCUCCUUCGCCGGAGCUCGUGACGCAGAGCACCUGGUGGCGUCCUUUGGCGCGCUCGUCACCGCGUGCAAAAGUGCGCAGGCAGCGGCUUCGGCGGCGGAGUUGAGCGCUGCGCGCCAGUACGCCGCGGCGGACCGUCUCGACAAGGCUGUGCACGCCUCUCGCGCACGGAUUGACUCGCUCGAGGCGCAGGUCUCCCGGCAGGAGGCGGAGCUGGACCGGCGCAGCAAGGCGCUCUCGGGAGCCAUGCACCGCGAGGCGCAGCGCGAAGCGACGCUGCGCAGACGCGAGCGCGAGAUUGAGCGGAUGCAGGCGCGUCUCGCGGACAAACUCCGCGGCGGUGCAAAGGCCCAGCUCAUUGAGGCUCCGGCGGCGCGCAAGCGGGAGGCCGCGGCGGCUGCGGACGGGCAGAGGCAGAUGGCGCUCGACUCGCGGCUGCCCUCGCCGCUGCGGCCUCUGCGCGACAUCUCUCCCAACCGGCGCUCCGGCGCAGCGACGCCGCCGUCGGCAAAGGCAGCGGCUAGGGAGGCGCUCUCGGAGGAGCGGCGGCUGCUGCGCGAGCAGAGGGAGCGGCUGCUCGAGCGAGCGGCGGCCGUGGACGAGGCGGCCGAGGCGGUCGACCAGCGCAGGCGCGAUCGCGGCUCCGUCGUUGGCAGAGCCUUUGUUGCAGCACAUGGGUUGGCGCCCAGACCACUGAGCAACCCAUGUGCCGCCCUCGCCUCCUUCCUCGACAGCCUCAAUGAGCGGCUCUUCACGCCCACCACCACCGGGCCAUGCGCCACCGCCGCCGACGGCGGCCUUUCCCCUCCUACGCCGUCCUCGCGCAGCCGCCGCCUCUUCGCCUCGCGUGCGGCCGGCGCUCCCAAGCCGGCCGACCCGCCAAACGACCCGCCUGCCGCCGGUUCCGACGAGGCAGCAGGCCCCUCUGAGGCGCCCGCCGCGGGGCCGUCGCCGAUCCCUCCACUCGUCUCCAUCGAGCGCUGCUGAGGGGCAGGGCUGCUCUCGCGCCGGUGGCCUCCGGAGGUGGUGCAUUCGCGCGGUGCCGGGAAGGUGGUCGAAAACGCGUGCGACAGAGCGGUUGCUUUGUGCUCAGAAGUGUGCUCAGCGCGAAACAGCGCGGGGGCACAUAGACGAUAGAGCCCACGCCCCGAGCCCGCGCGCCGCCCGACUGUGGCGUCGCUGUGCACACUGUGCACCGUGCCCACCGAGAAUGUGCGCGGGG